UUUGUUCGUCAUAUGUUUGAUAUUGGUGAAUUUGUUUGUAUUUUUGGGUGGUUGUCGUUGAGCCGUCGUGAAAAUCUUGAAAAUUUACUAAUAGUGUGCAUAUUUUGUUAACUGUAAAAGUAGCAGCGAAUAGGCAACAAUUAAGUAAAGAAAGAUGAAUACGAAAGAUAAAGAAAUUUCGAAGUCGAAGUUCAAGUUCUUCAUGAAGAACGCAAAGGGCGUUCCAGGAGGGGCCAGCGAACGUUCCCUGCGUCCAGAAAUCGAACGUGAGUUACGGCCGGAACAAACUACGGCACAGCGUUGCAAGACGUUGUCUGAGCUGCAAUUGCACAAUAUGAAAUUAGAAGAGGCUUCCAUAUCGGAGCUUUGGACACUUACAAAGGACUUAAUUAUACCAAACAAGCCAGCGGAAUGCCGGCAAAUAGCGCUUACGUUUUACAAAAAACUAAUACAAAGCCAAUAUAAAAAUUUGAAUUUGUUGCGCCAGCAUUUUUUUCUUGUUAUUCAAAAUCAUGAAGUUCCAGAAGACCUGAAACAUCGUCUUGAACUCCUCGAUGCCUUAACUGACAAUGGCAAAGAUAUUCAAAAUUUUGAAGAAAAGAUUGGUAAAUUUAUGCUGCAAUGGAUUCCAGCAAUAACUGAAGCUCGGUUACUUCGGCCUUAUUUAGAUAUUUUGGGCAACAUAAUAAAAUUUAACGCCUCUCUUUUGGACAAGGAUAUUGUCGUUGGCAUUGUACAAAAUGCCUGCCAUUUGAGUUGUACUGUUGAAGAAGAUGAUAUUGGUCUGCAGUGUCUAACAAUUCUUGAAAUGGUUAUGUGCUACACGAUAUUCCCAAGUGAACCAUUGGCGCAAUGCGUUGUUACAUUGUGCCGUACUGUCAAUCAUUCGCCGUACUGCCCGGCAUCAUGGAAGAUCAUGAAAAAUCUGCUGGGAACACAGCUGGGCUAUCAUUCCAUGAAAAUGAUGUGCAAUAUUCUUAACGACCGCAGCCUUUAUGCAGACCAACAAUUGCUGCGUGGAGCAGUCUUUCAUCUUAAUAUGAACAUCUUCGGUUCGAAUGUUGUUUUUCAAGUGUCACCAAUGUUUUACGCGUCUACUGUCCUCACCAGUUUCCUACAUGCACUGGAUAGCAGGCAAGUAAUUGUGACCUUCGAAGUUAUACUUAGCGUGCGACGUGUCAUCAAUUACUACAAGUCGGAAUUACCGGAAAUUAUAUGGGAUUGCAUUUGCGAUACACUGAGUGCAAUUGUGGACAAUAUUGAGUAUUAUGAGCGUAUAAAUAUAAACAAAGAUCGUCUGCACAAUUUGCAAAUCAAUUUCCAUGAAAACAUCGAUUGCAUUGAAAAACUUCUGUACGAUGAUAAAGUACCGAUACUUGCAAACAUCAAUCGCAUCUAUGAUUUAAUCGAACGCGUUUCGGAAAACCGCAAAGAGGCAUCUGUGCUCAAACUUAUUGAGUAUCGUUCGGCAAAAGUAACUGCCACUCGGCCGCAAUGGUUGCAAGUACUUAACGAUUUUGUUUGUCGUUUCUAUAAAAUGCCUAACACGAAUGUGCGCCUUAAGGCAAUUCAAUCUUUAGUACGCAUUAUGGAUUUAAAUCGGUUCAGUUACGAAGAGGAGAUACUUGAUCGCGUCGUUAUUCCUCAUUUUUCACAAAUUGCACACGAAGCUGAUUUGGAAAUACGAGUGGCUGUUGCAAACGCCUUGGUUGGCUUUGCACGCCACUGUGACACCAAACGGUGCGGCGAGUUGCUGGACAUAUUAGAGAAACUUAUUAAUCGCCCAUUCGACCAGCAGCCUAGCACUGGGGAAGUAAUGAUUAAAUGUGAAUCUGAUAUAUUGGAUGUAGUAACGGCAGUGCAUGGAUUAAUAGAGAUUUUCGCUAUAAAACUACAUCGUUUGCCGUCAAAUCACGCCAUCAAAAUUUUUAAUAUAUUGAUCGGCCACUUAGAGCAGCAUUACGAGCGUGCAAAAGUAUUUGAGCAUGCGCGCGUUGUACGCUUCAAGAUUUUCAAGUGGAUCCUGCGUGCCCGUGCUAAUGCUUCAUAUCAUAUUGGCUAUCCAGAUCCUGACAAUGGCGAGAGCAUAAAGUUUAGUGCCUAUUUGGGCAUAGAUUCGAGUUUACCUCCGCAAGGACAUCAACAUACGCGACAUCCAUUAACAUCACAUGACAUAGGGGCCAGUUCACAUUUCACAACGAUAUCUAUACGCAAAGCCUGUAAAAUUAUUGUUAAAUGCUUAGAUUUAGAACGCGAUUAUGAAGUCCUACAACUGGUUAUCAAGGAGCUACCAAAAGUCUUAUGCAAUAAAGCUCUCAUCCAAGGCAACGACAUUGAAGCUUUGGCAGUGUCACUAUUCCGUAUUUUUCAAGAUGUCAACAAAACACUUCACUUCAGCUACACUCCCACCAGCGAUGAAGUGAACGCAUUAUUUCUCCCCGCGAUUGCUUCUUUGGUUAUAUACCACCAGAGCUUAUCCUCACAUCAAAUUAAUACUUUAAUACUGGCACUUUGCUCCGGAAUAUUUUCCGGCACCGCAAAUGUUUGUAUCAAUACAUUAACAACUAUGAUCCUGGAAAUGCCAGAUACAUUGACACGAACUUUGGCUGAUAUUUUGCUGCAGAUGAGCAAGAUGUCCGAUACAACUAUGGUUGCUAUACCUGUUUUGGAAUUUUUAUCAAUUUUAAGCCGUAUGCCCAACCAAUAUUUUACGAACUUCAUACCACGCCAAUAUAUGUAUGUGUUUGCCAUUUCCUUGCCAUAUACCAAGCCGAAUCGAUAUGACCACUAUACCGUGUCGCUGGCUCAUCACGUCAUUGCUGGUUGGUUUCUAAAGUGCAAACUGGAAAUGCGCAAGAACUUUGUCACCUACAUAAUAUCGUCAAUUCAAUCCAAUGCUAGCAUGCUUUACGAUGACAUUGAUAAAUUUAAGCAUAGCAUACAGCGCCAAGAUCUUAAUAGUUUGAACGAGGACUCAUCGAAUCGCAAACGGAGCACCAGUUUGACGGAGCGUGGAAGUCGGAAUACAAGUGUGCGAAAUGGAUCUGAUAUGCGACCACCAAUCAACGAUAGUUUAAAAAGCUUUCAUGCAGAGUUGGCGGAGACUUGCAUAGACUUCCUGGCUAGGCAUACAUUUUCGCCGUGUUCGGCGUUACCGAAGCGCCUACCCGCAGUAGAAUACCUGUUGAAAGACGGCUUCUCACAGACAUGGGUUGUUGGUCAUAAUUUGGUUACAAUCACCACUUCUGGUUGUCCAACUGCGCCUAUACGCAAUGGGCUUUGUGAUCGUUGCUCCCAAAUGGGUAAACUGCCUCUCAGUAACAGUAGUUUGAUGACAAGUAAAAGCGAUUCGAGUAGCACAGCGCCUUUGUCACCGGAAACUACUAAUACACAAUCCUCAGCCGCUCCUUCAACUACCGAACGUCGUUAUACUAAAGCCAGUCUUCAGUACAGUAGUGGAAACGAGUCUGCUGGCAGUACUGACCUCACCUCGUCCUCUUCAUCUGCUUCGGCAGCGGUGAAUUCUAACACUGCCACAACUCAACGACAAAUAUCUAACAGCUCUACUGCCUCGCUCGAGGUCCUAUCGCGACGUGGCUCUAAUCCAGAGCCCACUGAAGGUGGCGCAGGCGUCGUUACGGGCAGCACCACUUCCCUGUUGGGGGGCCAUUCGCUAUCAACGACGAGUAUAAGCGCUUCUCCGACGCAAUUGCAACCGGUUCAACAGCAGACCUGUAUCCGUUCCUGCACUGGCUGGGCAGAAGUUUUGAUACGUCGACCUACGGGCAAUAUUUCUUGGAUUACGCGCAUUCAAAAUCCCAUAGCAAAUGAUUGUUUCGGACAGGAUUUACCCUUUAGCAACAUAACCUCACUUUUUCUACCCACAGCUCAUGGCGGUGUGUUUGGACCUGAUUUCGUGCAUUCGGCAUUGGUGCCAGAACAGCAACAGGAAUCUGUUGCGAUGUUGGAUUUUGGACAACAACCAUCUAAAGCUCUUGUAAUUGGGGCUGCGAAUGCUUCCGUAGCAGCUAUAGGGGCAGCAGAUAUUGAUGAAUCAGUACAGCCCAACUCAAGCGCACUAUCUGGGUCAGAAGAGUGCAAAACUGGCGCUUUUACUAAGGCACGUGCGCUUCAGCGACAAGAGGAGAUUUCAUCGUCAACAACAAUGCCGCCUUCUGCAGCAUCAUUAAGCACUGCUGCUAUCGACAUACCAAAACCCGUUGCGAGCAAGCGCGCAGGUGGCAAAGAAGCACUCGCCGAUAGCGUAAGCGAUGGGGAAGCGGACGAUGAUACGAUGCAGUUCACAGAUGGAUUGUCGCGCGCACGAAAUCCAGUGCGACGUGUCAAUUCAAGCCCGGAAAUGAGCUCCAGCUGGCGGCAGACUUUCCUCACAGUAAAGCCAGUGCCUUUGUCAGCCGAUACAUCCAAGGUAAAAGGUAGCAAAUAUUCUGCAAGUCUUCAAGGCCUUGAGGAGGUGCAUCAACAACAGCAAACGCAGCUCCAACAGCAACAGCAGCAAAAGAAAAAGAGCGUUCAGUAUACAAAAGAUAUGCGUGUCAGUUGCGAAGCGAUUCCAGAAGAAAUAGCGGGAUUCACACCUCCGCAGGCGCAAACUGGUAAUGAAUCUACAGACGCAUCUUCAGGCGGGACUGCUGAUAAGCCCGCUGCAAAAUCUGCGGCAAACCCUGCCACUACAGCUGUACAGUUGCUGUUAGUUAGUAACACUGCCACUAUGGCUCUGCCCCCGAAACAGCUUUCAGCAGACGAUGUUAGUAUAAGCGCCAGCGUGCCUGUUACUCCGGUACAGCAGUCUACAUCUGGUUCCUCGUUGAAACUAAAUGUUGCUGUAGACAAAGUUGCGGCAAAGCCACCACACUCUCCAGCAGCUGCACCAUCACCGCAAUCGCCACGAGUUGACAAACAGCCCAGCGGUGGUGUCCAGAAGAUUGCCACUUUCACGAACGCACCCACUACAGUUCAUCAGGGACUCGCUAAAUCGAGCAGCAGUGGUGGAGGCAACGCAAAUAUCACGAGUGGCUCCUCUUACCUCGGGGGUGGCGGAGGUGAUUACGGAAAUGGUAAUGGCGACAUGAUGAGAGGUCGUUCUAAGACCAUUUCGGUAGUUCGUGAGGUGAAUGGUCGUUCUCGGCCAGCUACUUCCAAUUUCCGGAGCUUCAACAAUAACUCGAAACCGUCUGUCAAUGCUAAGCUCUGUAUGAACCCAAGUUUUCUAUUCAUGCAGCUUUACCAUACGGGUCAGAUGCAGGUUACGGAUGUGCCCAUUAAAGUGCCACCGGAAGAAACAAACGUACUGACCGUGCUAGACUUGGCGCCGCCCUUUGAGACACAUAAAAUUGGCGUACUCUAUGUAGGGCAAGGGCAAUGCAACAAUGUGGUAGAAAUUCUGCGUAAUUCGCACGGAAGUAUGCGGUACAUUGAGUUUCUGAGCAAUAUCGGCACUCUCGUCAGUCUGAAGGAAGCGGAGCAGAAAAAUUUGUUUGUUAAUUUGGACAGAGGUGGCGCAGAUGGGAAAUUCACAUACGUGUGGAAAGACGAUAUUGUGCAGGUAACUUUUCAUGUCGCUACUCUGAUGCCGACAAAUUUGCAGAAAGAUCCUAAUUGCAUUGAAAAGAAAAAGCACAUCGGUAAUGAUUUUGUGAAGAUCGUUUAUAAUGAAAGUGGGGAGGAAUACAAUCUAAAUAUGAUUUCGGGUCACUUCAACUACGCUUGUGUUAUUGUAGAACCCCUAGAACUAAAUAGUAACCGCGUUUAUGUGAAAGCGCGUCCUGAGAUUUCCAAAUUUGUCUGCCAUCCUGAACCAAAAAUAGUGUCGGAUCACAGCGCACCGUUAUUGGCUCGACAGCUAGCACUGCAUGCGAAUCUUGCCUCCCAAGUAUAUCAAAGCUUACAAAAGAAAAACCCCUAUGCGUCAAAUUGGCUGGAGCGCUUACGAAUAAUCAAACGGCUGCGUACGAGGUUAAUUGAACAACAAAAUAACCAGCACCAAAGUGGGGCAUCCUCAGGCACAGACGUUGAUGAUCAUACACACGAUCCUUUAAAGAAUCAAAACACCAAUCGUGAUUUUACUAAGUACGCUUAAAGUUAUCAAAGCCGAAACAAAUACAGAAACAAUAAUUAUUACUGAAAUAAUACCACA